AUCUUUGGUAAUUUCUAAGCCAAAUUUCUCGGACAAAGUUUCAAUGGCUCAACAAAACCUUCAAACUCAGAGCUCAAAAAAAACUUUGAGAAAUGAAAGAGAUGAAUCAGAAAAUGGGGGCUCACAAGUUCAGAUUUUCAGACAUUAUGCCUCAUUCAUGGAUCUAUAAGCUCAAAGGGAUGAGUAGAAGUAGCAGAAAACACCAUCCUUCUUCUCCCAAACACCUCUCUUCCACUGAUGCUUCUUCCUCAAGAAAGCUCCGUGACCCUCUUCGACGUCUUUCUUCGACUGCUCAUCAUCCACAGGCUUCUAUUUCACCUCCCAAAUAUUCUUCUUUCAAGAGAAAAAUGAAACGUAAAACCGUUUACAAGCCUUCCCCAAGGCUCAAGCUCUCUACCUCUUCCUCUCUAAAUCAUCGCUCUAAAUCAUCAUCCUCUGCAAAUGCAACGUCUGAUUCCGCCGUUGGAAGCUCCUUAGAUCGUGUAUCAUCUCCUUCUGACCAAAACUUUGGCUUUUACCAUGAUCCUGAACCGCAUUCAUCAAUUGACAUUAAGGACGACCGCUCUGUGAGGAAGCUUGAUGAUGUAUCUAAAGAUCCUUCAAUCUCACCAAACUUGAGUCCUCUUCGGGUUGAGACUGCAAAGGAACCGCCCUUUGAGAUGAUGACACAACAGAAACUGAAGAAACCGAAAGCUCGUUGUUCAGGGAUAAAGAUUCGGGCAAAUUCCCCAAAGAUCGCGAGAAAGAAGAUAAAGGAAAGAACGUCCCCGGUGUCGAAGAAUGUAAAGAGCUUUGCGAUAGUUCUGUCUUCGGUGGAUCCUGAGAAAGAUUUCAGAGAAUCCAUGGUUGAGAUGAUCAUGGAGAACAAGAUGAGGGAACAGAAAGACCUGGAAGAUCUUCUCGCAUGUUAUCUUUCGCUGAAUUCGAGCGAGUAUCAUGACGUUAUCAUCAAGGCUUUCGAGAAAACAUGGUUACAUCUGACUCAAGGACUCUCCCUCUCUCUCUGAGUAUAUCAUGGUUACAUGUUCCAAUCGCUUCCAUUUUUCUUUUCUAGUUUUAAUGGUUAAUAUUACAGAGGAGUAUGUUCUGUUUUGAGAUCAUGUGUACAAAACAAAAGACAAAGGAAAAGAUAAAACGAGCUAGGCUCUGUUUACUGUUCCGGCUCAGCCAUAAAACAUUGCUUAAAAU